GAGAUCCCGGAAGUAGAUGUGCAUUUCAACAGUGUAUGCUAGGUUUAUUUUGGUGCGUAUUUGUCAGGCGAGCAAUGACACCUUUCCACUUAUCUACAGCCGCGCGCUCUUUGCUAAAGUCUUAUCGACACGGAGCUGUAUUAAAAACGGUCCAGGGACUCAGAGCGUGGGAGUUCAGAAACAUGUAUCCAUGCACUACUAUCGCAGAGCACAAUAGCAUGGAGGAGAUCCUAAAAAAGACAGUGGUUCCAUUGCCCACCUAUGAGAUGAGAGAAAAAUCUCCACCUCCACCUGAAUCCAACAGUCUGGAGUUUAUGCACUUCUACAAGAGUUUAGAGAAAGAGCAAAGACUGGAGUUUCUCGAGAAGUUGUCUCAUGAUUUCGGGAUAGAUCACAGAUGGGCUUCGGAUCUGGCCGCGAAGUUGCUGGACACUCAGGGGCGGGAUGUGGCCACUAUCCUGCAGGUGGAGGACAGGUUACGGUACAGUUUAACACCUCGAUACCGUCAGCUGCUCACUCACAUCAGCAAGGUUCAGGGCGGUGUGAAGUUUCUGGUGGAUCUCAGGGCAGAUCUCAUCGAGUUCGCAUCCUCAAAAAUUAGUGACAGCCCACACAUGAGGGAUCUAAACAGCACUCUUAAGAGUCUUCUGUCAGAAUGGUUCUCUGUUGGGUUACUUCAACUUGAAAGAAUCACUUGGCGGUCCCCUUGCGAGAUCCUUCAGAAGAUCAGCCAGUACGAGGCGGUCCACCCUGUGCGGAACUGGACGGAUCUCAAACGCAGAGUGGGGCCAUACCGUCGAUGCUAUGCCUUCACCCAUGCCUCAAUGCCUGGAGAACCACUGGUGGUGCUGCAUGUUGCCUUAACUGAGGACAUAGCAAAUAAUAUCCAGGGAAUCGUGAGAGAGUUUGCCACUGUAGAUGCGGACGAGGAUGUGAACAAGAUCAAUGCAGCCAUCUUCUACUCCAUAUCCUCCACUCAGGCUGGGCUGCAGGGGGUGGAGCUUGGAAAUUACCUCAUCAAAAGGGUGGUCCGAGAACUGCAGGGUGAAUUCCCCCACAUGGCCCAGUUCUCUAGUCUGUCUCCCAUCCCUGGCUUCUCCUUAUGGCUACAAGGGACUCUCGGACAGCACAAGAAGGAAGGACGUGCCACAGAACUCCUCUCUGAGCAGGAGUGGAGGGAGGUGGAGGACGUGACAGGAGCUGCUCCCGGUGCUCCAGCUCUGGAGGCCUUGCGCAGGCUCAUCGGCACCAGCGAGUGGAUCCGCUCCGAACGCCUGGUCCAUGCUCUGGAACCUGCUUUAAUGCGGCUCUGUGCCUGGUACCUGUAUGGAGAGAAACGACGGGGCUACGCCCUAAACCCUGUGGCCAACUUCCACCUUCAGAACGGUGCCACCAUGUGGAGGCUGAAUUGGCAAGCCGACACGAGCCCGCGAGGCAUCGCCAACUCCUGCGGCAUAAUGGUUAAUUAUCGCUACUUUUUGCAAGAGACCAGCACUAACAGCGCUGCCUACAUGCAGAAUAAAGUCAUUAAGGCCUCAGAACAGGUGGUGGGACUGGUGUCGCAAUUCCAGAAGAACAGCAAGCUCUGAAUCAAAUCUGUUGCUCUGCAUUGGGACAAGAUGUGUUUGCUCUCAAAUUCAGUGUUAUAAUUUUUAAUAACUCUGAUCUACAAUGGGUGACUAAAUGCAAUGAGGGUUAAACAAGCCUUAUACAGAUCCAUUGGACUCUGCGACUGAAACCAGCACAUGUCACAUUUCAUUUUUAGUUCAGAGAAGGACAGUUGUACUCUGCCUUUCUGAAAGACAAUAAUCCAAUAAAUUCAAUUUGAAAGGGACUUUUACAUUUAUCCUGAAAACCUGUAUUAAUUUCUUUCUUCCAUAGAGAUACUUUCUGAAGCCUUUCCAUCCAACAAUAGUUCAUAAUGACCACUUAGUGUCCAAAAAGGAUGAUAAAGCAUUAUUUAAAGUAUUAAAGUAGUCCAUGUGAUUUUUGUACUAUAUUCCAUGAAGGCAAACCACAUAUUUUGAAUCAAAUUUGAGGUUGAGGUUAAAAACAAUUUUGUGUGUAAAAAAAAAAAAACAAAAAAAAAAACUUGAAAUGUAAAUUGCCACAUAUGUGUGGCCCAGAGUCAAUUAUUCCGCUUAUACUACGGUUACCACACCUCAAGACACUGUUCCGAUGUUGUAUUUCAAGACAUUUGUCAGGUUUUUGUCCUUAAAACACUUGUGUGUGGGACUAAUUUCUUACGCAUCUCAUCCCAAGCCUCCUUUACUAAUUCCAAAACGUCAUUUCAGAGCUACUAACGGAGGCUUGAGACUUGAUAGCAGAAUAAUACCGUUGAUACAGCUAUUAACGCAGAGAGAGAGAGAGUGUGCUUGUGAAUUAGCCUACCUGAAUCUGUGCAUUUCUCUACUAAUAGCGAAACUAUAAGUUUAUCUACCUCAAGAACCGUACAGUUAUUACCUCGCUGGUGAGAAAUGCCUUGUAUCUUUUAAUUUGCUAAACUAUUUUACUGAUUAAUUCGUCAGAGCAGCACUGACAAAACAUUUCUGUGCGAGUGUGUGUCCGUACUCUACAGUACGUGUACGUUUAAAAGAGAGAGAGAGAGCAAUAAAGCUAUCUGAAUUGAAUUAGAGUGCGCAAGAGAGCAUACGCAUUCAAGACACAAUAAAACAUAUUUUGUGGCAAAAACCAUGACAAUAAUUUGUCGUUUUCAUCCUAUUGUUUACUAUAUUUAUUUGCUUGGUCGGUGUCGUUGUGGGUUUUGUUUCUUUUGCGGUUGUAGGCUGUAGGACCUAUUGAAAUAACUGAAAUCACUGAUAUGGAACUACAAUGCAGUCAAGACCUGCCUAGAACUACUUUAGCCGUGCGUUUCCCUGAAAAUAAUUGCACACCUUAGAACGUUGGUCAACCAGUUUCGAGCAUUCAACAGCCCUGUAGUGUGUAUGGCAAUUUAUAUGGCAAAUGGACCACUUUUAAAGUGCUUUAUCUUUCUUUUUGAGCUAGAUGUAGUUUAACUAUAUACAUAUACAUAUAUACAUACAGUUACAUAUACAUAUGUAACAUACUGUAGAAUGGCAUGAGGGUGUGUAAAUGAUGUCCAAAGUUUCAAAUUUGAGUGAAAUAUCCUUUUAUUUUGUUUACUGUUAUUACCCAACAUGCUGCUUGGUGAUGUCACAAAAAGAUCUUUUUUUUUUUUUUUUUUUUUUGAGUGUGUCAAACACCCUCUAAUUUCAAAGAAGAAAAAGAUGAUUGUCCAAAUGACUAUUUUUCUUGGUCCUUUUCAGCAGUGCUUGAGUUAUUCCUCUGUUUGAUUAGCUGGUUGCUGAUUUUGAUGCUGACUUAUGCUACACUUUGAAAGACUGUGGGUAAUGAAGCGGUAAGAAUCUAUCAGCCCCUGUCAUGUCUUUGCCUUCUCAGCGCGUGUAUGUAAGAGAGCGUGCCAGCGCGACUGAGUGGAAGCUGCUGUAAUAAAUGAUGUUUUGAUUCCUUCAUUAGUGUGAUCUGAUUCACUGUGAAAUGGCUGUCUGUAUGUUUAAAUGUGUUCAAAUUAUGUGCCAGCUAAAAAUAUUUAUUUAUAUAUUAAAAUUCUGCUUAUCUUAAAAAAA